AUGGUUGACCCGAAGCGGCACAUCAACAUCCUUUCUCCGGAAGAGCAAGCGUUUAUGGAGGAGUGCGAAAAUGAGUUUACGCACCGCUUUACGGAUCUGGACGAAGAGUUUAUGGCUCACUGUCAGCGCGAAUCGAAACCGCCGCCCGUAGUGCACCCGUGGAACAGCCGGCGUGGUGGUGGCCAUCAUGGGGGAGGAGGCGGAGGUGCAAGAGGAGGCGGUAAUGUUGAAUGGCGAGGGGAAAGGCGGUUUAACGAUUGGGAUGGAAGAGGCGGAGGGCGGGGAGGACCUUUUAAUAACCGUGAUGGACGCAAUCGGCAGAAUGACAGAAACUACCGUCACCAUGAUUAUCGAUCGGGUGGCGGUGGUGGUGGUGGUGGUCGCGAUGAUGGCUACCGAAACCAUCGGAACCACAGUGCGUCGCGCCAGGAUUAUAGAAAACCGUACGCCCGGCCCGGCGAUCGGGCGUACAAUCAGGAGGCGAAACGUUGA